AAGUGUACAACGUACACCACUUUAUUUACAAGCAUUCCAAUGUGGAAAUGGCGAGCGUGCAAACAUUUUUUCUCGCACUAUUUUCUGUUGCAAAUUUUGUUGGAUUUAAUAAUGCUGAUGGUCUUUGUGACUUUUACGAAUCUUUGGCCUACAAUAUUAGUGCCCCAUGUUUGAAACAACUCAAAGUCGUGUGCAACAAUUCAGAGUUGGCUUGGAAAAUGUUUGAUGCAUCGUCAAAAUUCCUGAUUCCUGGCAUGACUUACAGUAACGUAAUGGACUAUGGAAACUUUCCUGAAUGUCUUUCAAUUAAUUAUAACAAUGGUGAAAUUCUCGGAAAAUAUUGUGGUUAUUCUGUGAUCAUUGUUAACGUGUUUCUGACACCACAAGUCACUGAAAUUUUUAAACGUUUCAAUAUCAGCCCAGAUAAAGCCUCACAAGAGAUUCCUUUUGACCUCCUCCCGAAAUUGCAAAACAAACUGCGCGAUGUUCUAGUCCCAGAUAUUCCAUUUGUUCUUUCAAAAUAUUCGAGUUGUGUUCCUGACGCUUGCACCCCUCGAGAAGUGGGCUAUUUUUACUUAUACGGGCAUUUUAACGACGUUAUAGGGCAGUUAUUUAACGCUUCGUUGAUAAUGUAUACCAAUGUGCCUUGCGAAACGAUCAAUUCGAACACUGAUUACGAAGCUGGAGAUAUUGUCGCAAUUGUUUUCUUCGUAGUGAUUGGUCUUUUGUUGAUUGCUAGCACAGUCUAUGAAGCUUUGUGUAAAAAUUUCAACAGUGAGCCUCUCCAUCCGAUUCUUUUCUCAUUUUCUAUUUUAACAAAUGGGAAAAAAUUGCUAGCUAUUAGCGAUAAUACCAGUGAACAAAUCCAGUGUUUUAACGGAAUGAGGUUUAUUAGUAUGAUGUGGGUAUUAGCAGUGCAUGCUAAAAGUCCAUAUGAAGUCGGAAUAAUACCACUUGAGAAUUAUCCAGAUGUGAAAAAGUGGACUCAAAAUUGGACUUCACAAUACGUUGUAGCGGGACAACUUGCCGUUGAUACUUUUUUCUUCAUGUCUGGUUUUUUGCUAGCUUUUACUUAUUUGAAGAAAUCAAGCGAUGAAAAAUUCAUUAAUCAAGUACGAAGAGUACCGAAAAUGUAUCUUCAUCGCUAUUUGAGACUUACACCAAGUGUGGCAGCUUUGUACCUUGCUGUAAUUACGAUUUUUCGAUUUUUUGGUACCGGACCCACGUGGAGUUUCAUUACUAAUAUCAUGAAGCGAGUGUGUAAAGACAAGUGGUGGAAAUUCUUUCUGUAUGUACAAAAUUACACGGAUCCCGAUGAAAUGUGCCUAUCGCCGACGUGGUACCUCUCCGCCGACAUGCAGAUGUUUAUUUUGGCCCCUUUUGUCCUGAUACCAACUGCCCUUUUCAUCAAAAAACGCUUCAAAUUCGUAAUACAGGGCCUAGUCGCUGUUACAAUCAUAUCAAUUGUGGUCCCCAUACUUUUGCAGAACUUUGUUGACGAAGGACCCGGAAACUUGUACGCUACUCAUACUAGAUUUAAUAAUUAUUUGAUUGGAAUGAUUUUUGGUACCACCAUGCGUAUGAAAAAACAAAAGCCGUACAUUUUCAAGCCUUGGACCAAUGUCGCGCUCUGGAUUUUGGUCAUUGGGGUUUCUUUGGCGUUCAUUAUUUAUUGGUUUGAAGUUGAUAGGAAUUAUGAACUUGUGAAAAAUUCGCUUUUUUACGGUUUUUAUCGACCGGUUUGGUGUUUAUGUUUGGUUUUUAUGGUCUAUUCGUGUUACCAUAACCAAGGUGGAUUUAUACAGUGGUUUUUACAAAGACCGGCCUUUCAGAUUUUGGGACGAUUAUCCUAUUGUAUGUACGUUUUGCAUGUGAUGGUGGAAUUUUAUGCGCUAGGUGUUUUGAAUAUGCCAUCUUAUUUCAGCAAUUAUAUGUUGUUUUAUAAUUGGUGUGGCCACAUCAUAGUGACCAUGAUAUUUGCAGUUGUUUGGGUUUUGGCUUUCGAAUUUCCAAUGCUGACUAUUGAUAAAUAUAUUCUCGGAGAUGAGAGGCCCAGAAAAAAAGAAUAAAUAAAUCUACACAUCAUCAUUUUUAUUUCUUUAUUAAUACAAAAAAUAUUAUUACAACGUAGUUUCCGUUAGUAAAUUCCUAUUUUGUUCGAUUUUAACUUCGAGAAAAAUUUCAUCAUUUUUCAAGUGAUGCGAUUUGGUUAGGGUCGCAUGUGGUAUAAAAAUAUAGGAAAAGGAUGAUU